AUUUAAUUUAUUAAAUUAAUAAAAUUAAUCUUAAUUUUAGUAUUUUUGUUUUUAUCAUUUUUAGGAGCAGUUAUGUUUCAGUAUUAUUUAAAAAUUGUUCCAACUCUUUAUCAAAGAAGAGACCUAUCAACAUUGUCUACUAACCAGUUCUCAGUGACCAAACACAAGGUCCUGGCAUUCGAUAAAGGUCCAUCAGGUGCUCCUGGAAUAUUUUUUAGUUAUGAAUUUUCACCAAUUAUGAUCAAGUUAACUGAAAAACCAAGGUUAUUAGGUCAUUUGUUCACCCAGUUUUUAUGCAAUAUCAGUGGAGUUUUUAUUUGUUUUUGGAUCAUUGAUAUAUUUAUGUACAAAGUAUCCAAGGUAUAUAAUAUACGCAAGAAACAAUUACCUAAUUCUAAUGAUUAAAAUGUAUUGUUAUCUGUUAUAUCAGUGGCGUAUUUUUUGAUAUUUAUGUGUUUUAAUAAUAGUCAAUUUCUUGAUUUUUGAAUAUAAUGUAAUUAAAUUAUAAUAUAAAAUAGACACAAUGGAAAGGUGAAAGUUUUUUUUAAAGGAUACAUUUUUGACAAUUUUCAUAAAUUGUAAUUAUCUAUUACACUUUAAAAUACUUCUAGUAAGUAUCUUAUACUAUAUUGUCAACUGUACACCAUAAUUGUAACCUGGGCUCACUCCUGUUUAUCUUCAAUAAAUAAAUAAAUAAAUGAUUAACAAUUGAGGAAUUAUAUUUUUCAACAAAAUAUAUUUCAAAUACAAAUAUAAAUAUCUAGCCAAAAUAUGCCACUGAUAAAAGUAAUAAAAUAAAUUAUUGUAUUCAAGUAUAUUUAAUAAAAAAAAUUCAAAAAACAUAAUGAUGUACAAUUUA